AUGUGCAAGUGGUGCGGGCGCUGGAUCGUCCUCGCAUGGGAGCAUCAGAUGUCAUAUCGGCGAAGCCUUUCCAUAUGGCGGCUACGAACGAUACGAGUUCCGCUCCUGCUUGCGCUGUUGGGGUCUGUGAGCGUGCUGCUAUUGCUGUCGCUGACGCCACACAUGUGGCCUGGAUGGCCAUCUCCGGCAGCACGGGAGGUCCCGGCUUCACCAGAGUCACAGGCCCCGGCUUCACCAGAGUUACAGGCCCCGGCUUCAACACAGCCACAGUCCCCAGCAGGGUCUAAGACGCUACUGCAAGACUUACUGCUAGAUAGCAAAAAACCGGAGGGGGCCUCUACGCCACAGAUGCAGUGCAAGCGCUACUUUGAGGGCACAUAUCUCCGGGAGCCUUCCUGGGCAAAUAGCGUGUUGCGCAUGGCAGACGACUUUCUUACGGCUACGCAAUACACAGCGAGGCUGUUGGAGCGGUGGCGCAUAUUUGCUGAUUGUUUCGUUAUUCAAGAUUUCCGGAUCUCAGAUACGCUAUCAAACAAGAUAGACAUGCACGACUUCCAUCAGCGGAUGUUCCCUUUCUUGGCGAAGAAGAGAGAAUGGAGGGAUAUGUGGCCUGUCAUCACGGAUAUCAACACCGGGAUGACUUUUGAGGGCGGGGCUGUGUGGGAAGGGCGCCAAUCAGAGAUUGACGAUGGUGCAUCUUUUUGGAAAAACUGGCGCUCUUUUUCGCACGGUAAGGGAAUCACGAUGUCGGUAGGGGACGGCCACUUGGAAAUGUUACUGCGCAUGCUCACCGUGCUGGAUUAUUUGGGUAAUGAGCUCCCAAUUGAGAUAGUAGAGAAAGGCGGUGAGCUUUCACAGCAGUUUAGGGAUAAGCUGACGGAAUUCGUCCGUAACAAGUCCAAGCAGAAAGUGCGAAUUAUAUCAUGCGCCAGGACAUUGGACGAGACGCAUGCAAGACUAAUUUUUGGCUUUAGCUGCAAAUGGGUAGCGUUAAUGUUUAACACUUUUGAGGAGGCGAUCUUUUUGGAUGUUGAUGCUGUGCCGUAUAUUCUACCAGAGCAGUUUUUCGAUAUGGAGGGAUAUAAAUCGACAGGUAUUAUGCUCUUCAGGGACCGUUUGAUAGACCAGCAUGUGUCAAAAGAAUGUCCAGACGCUGUGCGACAAAUGAUUCCCACACAAGAGGAGACCAGCAUCUGGAAUCACAAAGCUAAGUUCAGCGGCCCAGCCGCCAACAAGGAAGCAUAUGACAAUACCAAAGACGAGGGGGCAGCCGCGGUUUACGAUCGGUUCUUUAGGGAUCAUUAUUACCAUGUCGUCGAGAGCGGCGUCGUGGUGUUUAACAAAAAGAACAAACUUCAGUCAAUUGUUAACUCUUUUAUGCUAAACCUGAAUUUCUAUUACGUCGGCUGCUUCUACGGAGAUAAGGAGCUGAUGUGGGUGGGCCAGCUCCUCUCCGCAGAGGAUUAUUAUAUUCAUCCAGCACCUCCCGCCAUAUUAGGCAGUGCCGAGGAGUUUGAGCGCGAGGGAAAUACUGUAAGUUAUCGGGUUUGCGGAGCGCAGAUUGGCCACAUGGAACUGGAUGGCUCAUUGCUAUGGACUAAUGGUGGUCUGAGGACAUGCAAAUUUACGGACACUGCUGAGCAGGAUUUCAGUAAAUCGCCGGAAUAUUUCAACCCAAAGUACAGUAGCCCCCAGCAAUUACAGGAGCACUAUAGCAAACCUUUGGAAAUCCAGCUUAUUUUUAUUCCCGAGCUCACAUAUUCCGUUUGGGAGAAAUCCGUCGAGUGCCAAGGAUAUACAUGGUGCUCAACUGUCACUCUGAACCCAGAGAAUCCCUCGGAGUUCAAGUCCAUAGUAAUGAAGGGCGACACGCGGCUGGAACAUUACAACAACAUAUCACAAAGGUGGAAUAGCGCGUCAUUUUGA